AUGCCUGGUGCAUUCCCAGGAGCGCCGGGAGAGAACACAUCCAGCAACAGAACACCAAAGAGAAGAUUUGUGGGACGGAGAACGGCAGAGGCGCAGGUCAGACCGAGAAUCGAUGAGAAUCCAUCUGUGGGAGAAGCAAAUGCUGUUGUUCCAAAAGUCCGGCGAAGAACUCCACGAGCUUCGAACCCGGUACCACCGAAGAUCCUCGAUGACCCCGAUAUUCAAGCCGCGGUCGACUUACUGCCUCACAAUUACAGCUUCGAGAUCCCCAAAACUAUCCAUCGUAUACGGACCCUCGAGGCGAAAAGAGUGGCUCUUCAGUUUCCGGAAGGCCUGCUCAUGUUUGCCACCACCAUCUCAGAUAUCUUGACACAAUUCUGUCCGGGAACCGAGACUCUGAUUAUGGGAGAUGUCACGUAUGGCGCAUGCUGUAUUGAUGAUUACACGGCAAGGGCUCUCGGUUGUGACCUUCUUGUCCAUUAUGCACACAGCUGCCUGAUACCGGUGUCGGCGACCAAGAUUGCCACACUCUAUAUCUUUGUAGACAUCUCGAUUGACACCACACACUUAGUGAACACACUCUCUCGAAACAUUUCGCCCGGGAAGACAAUUGCUAUGGUGAGUACCAUACAGUUCAACUCAACACUGCACACGAUACGACCAGCGCUUGAGGCAGAAGGCUUAAGGCUGGUAGUACCCCAAGUAAUGCCACUAAGCAAGGGCGAGGUGCUGGGUUGUACCGCCCCUCAGAUCGCUUCAGAUGCCAAUGUUGACUUGAUUCUCUAUCUGGGAGACGGGCGCUUUCACCUUGAAGCUGCCAUGAUAGCGAAUCCUCAUCUACCAGCCUAUCGAUAUGAUCCAUAUUCGCGGAAACUGACCAGGGAAUCUUAUUCACACGACGAAAUGCUGGAGAUGCGAUCUGCUGCUAUCAGCACGGCCAAGAACGCAAAGAAAUGGGGUCUCAUACUCGGAGCUCUGGGGCGACAGGGCAAUCCGCAUACUCUGACCCUGAUUGAAAAUUAUCUAAACCAACAGGGGAUACCGUUUGUUAACCUUUUGCUCAGCGAAAUCUUCCCAGGAAAGCUCGCCAUGUUUGAAGAUGUGGAUUGCUGGGUACAAAUUGCAUGCCCUCGGUUAAGCAUUGAUUGGGGAUAUGCCUUUCCUCGACCAUUAUUGACGCCGUAUGAGGCUCUAGUUGUCCUGGGCGGAAAGCAAGGUUGGGAGAAGGAGGACGGAACCUAUCCGAUGGAUUUCUACGCAAAUAAUGGUUUGGGCAGGACGACCGAGAAGAUUGCCGCGCAAGUGGGAGUAUCAGCUUGA